AUGGCGGCGGCGGCGGCGGGGGACGGGGCUCGUUCCCGGCUCGGCGGCGGCGGCUCCCGAGGGGGCAGCCCCGCUUCCAGCCCCCUGUUGGGCGGCGGCAGAGAGCGCUCCCCGCAGCCCGGCCCGGAGCCGGCCUCCAAGCCCCCCUCCCAGCCUCUGUGCUCCCCGGGUCACAGCUUCAGGAGAGUGACCCUCACCAAGCCCACCUUCUGCCACUACUGCACGGACUUCAUCUGGGGACUGGCCGGCUUCCAGUGUGAGGUUUGCAAUUUUAUGUCUCAUGAAAAGUGCCUCAAGCACGUGAAGAUUCUGUGCUCGUGCAUUGCGCCCAGUCUUGUUAGGGUUCCGGUUGCACAUUGCUUUGGACCUCCUGGACAUUACAAGAAGAAAUUCUGCAUUGUUUGCAGGAAGCAGUUAGAGAGCCCUGCAUUCCGUUGCGAAGUGUGUGAACUACAUGUGCAUGCAGAGUGUGCCCCGUUUGCUUGCAGUGACUGCAGACAGUGUCAUCAAGAUGGGCAUCAGGAUCAUGACACCUACCAUCAUCACUGGAGGGAGGGGAAUCUUUCUUCGAAUGCACGCUGUGAGGUGUGCAGGAAAACCUGUGGUUCCUCUGAAGUGCUUUCUGGCAUGAGGUGUGAGUGGUGUGGCAUUAUGGCACAUGCUGCUUGCUAUGUCAUUGUGACACCAGAAUGUACUUUUGGAAGACUCAGGAACAUGAUUCUUCCUCCAAAUUGUGUGCGUUUAUAUUCUCGCAAUUUCAGCAAAAUGCACUGUUUCCGGAUAUCGGAGAGUCUGCAGGCUGAACCAGAUGAUGAUGAUGAUAUUGAUGGCUCCUCACCAAGCUGGUUGAAAGAUGCCCAGAUUUCAACAGAUUCUAGCAAACAAACAUUGAAGAUUUUUGAUGGUAAUGAUGCGAUAAAACGCAAUCAGUUUCGGCUGAUCACCAUUCCAAGAAUAGCCCAAAAUGAAGAGGUUUUGGAAGCUGCCCUGAGGGCCUAUUACAUAAAUGAAGAUCGGCAAGACUUUGCGCUCCAGACAUUCACUCAGCAGGCCUUGGUUGAUGAGGACAUAAAUAUGCGAAAUGGAGUCACUGAUGAAACCACCACUGGCUCAGUAUUCAAAGAGUCUGCUCCUGAAGCUUGGAUUAUCAGAGCUAAACCCAAGGAUCACGAAGUAAUCAAAAUUUAUCCCGGCUGGUUGAAGAUUGGGGUGGCUUAUAUCUCCCUCCGAGUAAAGAAAGAGAGUACAGCUCAGACGGUGGUGAGAGAAGUACUUCCGUUACUAGGACGGCAGACAGAGAGUCUCGAGAAUUUCCGAUUGGUGGAGGUGUUUAUGGGCAGCAAGCAAGUUCAGAGAAUGGUACUGGAAGACCAGGAAUUAAUUCUUGGCAGACUUAAAGCACUAAGAAAGACUUCAGUACAUCAGAUGAAUCAUACAAGAUUUUACAUCGUAGAGAAUGACAAUGCAGCCAUCCAAAUAAACCUGUAUAUUGGUGGUCUGCCACUUCAGCUCUCUUCUGAAGAAUACACUAAAAUCCUACAGGAUGACUUGGCUAUUAAAACAAAUCUAGUUUCUGUGAGUCAUGUUUACUCAGCCCAAGGUGCUGUGGUACUUCACAUCUCUUGUUUUUCUGAAGCGGAAAGAAUAUACAUGUUAGUGAGAGAUACAACUGUUCAUGACAAACAGCUUUUUGGAGUUGUCCUACCUGAAGUAACGCAUUCAAAACUUCCACAAAACUGCUGUCCCCUUCUCGUGUUUGUAAAUCCAAAAAGUGGAGGUUUAAAAGGCCGAGAUCUGCUCUCUAGUUUCAGAAAACUCCUGAAUCCACAUCAGGUCUUUGAACUUACCAAUGGAGGGCCUUUACCUGGAUUUCAUAUAUUCUCCCAAGUUCCUGAUUUCCGUGUACUUGUGUGUGGUGGUGAUGGAACAGUGGGUUGGGUUCUCGGAGCUCUUGAGGAGAUUAGACAUAAACUUGCCUGUCCGGAGCCAUCCGUAGCGAUCUUACCUCUAGGCACAGGCAAUGAUUUGGGCAGGGUGCUUCGCUGGGGAGCCGGCUAUAGUGGGGAAGAUCCGUACUCUGUCCUGAUAUCAGUAGAUGAAGCUGAUGAUGUUCUUAUGGACCGUUGGACUAUCCUUUUGGAUGCUCAAGAGACUGAAAGCACAGUAAACCGUGUUACGGAAUCUGAACUGCCAAAGAUAGUUCAGAUGAACAAUUACUGUGGCAUUGGAAUCGAUGCAGAAUUGAGUUUGGACUUUCAUCAUGCUAGAGAAGAAGAACCAGGCAAAUUUACAAGCAGGUUUCACAAUAAAGGUGUGUAUGUAAAAGUAGGAUUACAGAAGAUAAGUCACACUAGAAACCUGCAUAAGGAGAUUAAACUUCAGGUGGAUCAACAUGAAGUGGAAUUGCCAAAUAUUGAGGGACUCAUUUUCAUCAAUAUCCCCAGUUGGGGUUCUGGAGCCGAUCUGUGGGGGUCUGACAAUGAUAGUCGGUUUGAGAAACCAAGAAUCGAUGAUGGCUUGCUAGAAGUCGUUGGGGUGACUGGUGUUGUUCAUAUGGGCCAAGUUCAAGGUGGUCUGCGUUCAGGAAUUCGAAUAGCCCAAGGCUCAUACUUCCGGGUUACCCUUCUUAAGCGAAUUCCUGUUCAAGUCGAUGGAGAGCCUUGGAUUCAGGCUCCAGGCCAGAUGAUCAUUUCUGCUUCAGGACCAAAGGUUCAUAUGUUGAAAAAGUCUAAGAAGCAGAGAAAAGCAACUGGAAGCAUGAAGGAUGCAAAAACAGAUAAUGUAGCAAGCUCUGAAGGCGACACUAAAUAAGAAUGAUCUGACUAAAAAUGGACAGUGCACCUACUGUAGUUUAAAUACAAACUGCACUGUAGAAGUUUGGUAAAGAAAUAUCAUUUCAAACUUUCAUGCAUUCCACUUCUGACAGAAUUCUAUUGAAUGUCUUUCACUGCAUCAUCUUAUACUUUUGUGUGUUUUGUGUGGAUCCUGUCUGCUUCUUGUCGCGGAUAGAUUUAAACGUUUUUGCAUGAAGUAACCUUCUGAUAUAAUGUAGUUUAAUUUUGAGAUUUAUUCAGCUAGAACCCUCAGGUCGGAAGAGGUAGAGAGAAAAGUCACUCAAUUUCACACCAAAUCCAGAAUAUAAGCUUUCAUUUAAUCAUCCUUUUUGUUGUUCUCUUGGACAAAGUUCCUCCCCAACUGUUCAUAUGAACUAUUUCCUAAGUUCAUUUCAGUGAGGGAUCCAAAGAGGAGGACUUCCGUGGAAUAGAUUUCCAUUAACUACAGGUAAUCCUGCCAAAAUGGUACAUCGUAGAGAGCAAUUUGGGAUAGACCACGAUGGAAGAAUAAGGGCACAUAGUAACCAUAACAUGGCUGUUAAUUGUUUUAUCCCAUGAGGCUGCUCUGCCUGGAAUGCCUUCUAGCACUUAUUUCAAGCAGGAUGGCAGAAUUGUGGAGCAACACUCUAAUCAGUAGUUCAUUAGCCUAGCAAAGGGAGGCAGUUGCAGCUAUUUAAAAUUCAGUCUUCACUGGGAAUUGAUUCUAAGCAGUAAAGGAUUCCCUGGCCCAGCUGUGAUAGCAAACGCUAAGUUCACCAUAGAGUGGCCAUAGAUGUGGGUCAGGAAAGUGUAUUUGCCAUCCACGGAAGAUCUAUGCUUCAGGAAGUCUCGGGCUUCACAGUGAGGCUCCCCAACCCAUCACACACGAUCCAUCUCUCAUAUCCCGGCUUGCCCUUUGGCAUGCUGAGGAUACUGAGGAGUUCAAGUAUUUCACUCAGUGCAGACAGUUCUGGGUCUUUCUCCAGGAACUAGGUCCUGAAGUGAGAGACUCCUAACCUUCCCGCAGUAUCUCCCAGAUGUGAUUGAGUCAUUAGCUUCCUGAUAACCCCUUUUGGAUCCUGCUUCUUACGACUCUGGGCUCUGAGCCAGCCUCCUCUGAGCUUCCUGGUGUUAACAGGCACUUCCCUGGGGGUUUUCCACUUGUUUCAGGUCCUUUAACUGUACAGGGAGAAACUCAAUGCUCUUCACUUCUCCUUUUGAGACAAAGGGCCAUUGUCUUGCCCCACCCACAGUCCAACCUCAAACUGAGCGUCCUACAAGCAGUUAUUGAACUAGCUUGAAAUGAGCCUUAGAAUGCUUUUUAGUCUUCCACAAUCUCCUUGAAUUUCACCCGGUGAGACGGAAAGUACGCGUACUAUUAGGAUCGUUUUCCAGCCUUCUCUCCCCUAACCUGUAAUUUACCACUGAAGCAAUGGUUGACACGAUGAAACUUUUCAACAAUAUGAAGUUUGUCAAGAACACAACUUCUUUGUUGUCAGUGGACUCUCCAAAGCUAUAUUCUAGUUAGAGGAUUGGAGUUAAUUGUUUUUUUAUCUCAGCCACAUCCUCAGCUCUGGGUUGGCUGGCACCUAAUGUAAAUUAACUGAAAAUCUCCACAUUGUAGAACCAAACAAACAUCUCUAUAUCUCAUUUUAAACUUGGCCCGCCUUUUCUGUCCAGGGAGAGUGUAUCACUAGUCCUUCUAGUUGGAAACACCCCCUUUCUUGGCUGCCAAAGUGAAGAAUGUAGCUGAAAAGGAGGAUGUACAUGAAAGCAUCGAUUUGGAAAUGAGUGGACCCUUCAGUUGUUGCUUGAGGGCGGGGUUUCACUAAAAUACCUCCGCUAAAGUAUCUUCAGAUGGUUUUAGGUCUUCCUCUCACAUCUCACAUUUUACCACGCCAUUCUGGCUUAAUACAGGGGAAAAUGAGGGGAAAAAAAAACCAUGUUAAGAUAAACCUGGUAAGAUCAAUUGAUAGAAAAUAGCCACGUUUCUUCUUUCACCAGGUACCGUUUACCCUGGCAGAGAAUUCUGUAGUUUGUGUCAGUGUUUCUCAUUAUCUGGCAUAAUUCAAUCAAUAAUAUUUAUUGAACACCUGCCUACUCUGCACAGAACACUUUACUGAGGGCUUGAGAGAGUGUCUGUAAGCCCCUUGAGGGAGGGACUCUCUGGCCUUGGCUUCUGGUUCUCUCUCCCAAGGGCUUAGUACUAUGCUUUGUAAAGAGGCGCUCAGUAAAUACUAUUGAUGGAUUGAGUGAGAUGGUAUCUUUGCCCUCAAGGAGCCUCUAAUGUAAGAGAUUGACCAACGCAUGCUACUUACGGAUAGCUGGAAUAGGAGAAACAGUCCUAUGGUUGCUUGAAACAGGAGUGUAGAAAGAUAAGUCAAGGACGUGUCUGCUAAAUCUGUUGUGUUGUACUUGCCCAAGUGCUUAGAUAGUGCUCUGCGCAUAGUAAGCACUCAGUAAAUACCAUUGAUUGAUAAAUGGGUAAGCUAAUUCAAAUGUGGUCAGUCAUACUAAAUUUUCCUUUUGGCCUGUGAUGCAUUGUUUGAGUAUUUAGAAGACCCUGAAAAGGAAAUGAAGGAAAUAAGCCACACAUCUCCAAUUAGGAUCAAAUUCUAGAUAUACUAGGAAAAUGAACAGAAUCAGAACCAAAUCAAAUGAUUGGUAUUUCCAGGUAUUACAAUUUUGCUCUCCUCUAUUGGAUAUUGUCCACUCACACACUUUAAAGAGCUGGAUCCAGUUCGUCCUAGAAUCUAAGAUAAGCCCAGCAAAUUAAUACAUAGCCAGGCUUGAAGAAAUUUAGUAUCUGAUAUAAGGGAAAUUUAAUAAAUUCUGCUCUCCCUAGCUCUCAUCCUUCCCCAUUCCCUCCAAGUUUUCAAUUAUAUUGAAAUUCAUAUUAGUGGAAGAUGAUCGCUAAUCAGCAUAUACAUAAACAUGACUGACGUGUUUAUUGAAGCGUUCUUAUUAACAAUGGCAUUUUCGAUUUGCAUAGCACAUUAUUAUCUUUCCCAAGUGCUUUCAGUGAGCUCAUUUUAUCUUCACCACAUUACUGUGAAGCUGGGAAAGGAAGGUGUUGGUCUCCAUUUACAGAUGAGGAAACAAAGGCACAGAGAGAUUAAGUGAUUUGUCUGAGGUCACACUGCAGGACAGUGGAAGAGGUGGAUUCCGUAGACCAGGUCUUCCUGCCUCCUGACCACAAGGUCUUUUCAGUAGGCCACCCUGAGAUGUAGAUGAUUUGGCUCUGGGUGAUGCUUGUUAUGUUCAUCAACCAAUAUGCAGGAUCCAUAGCAUUGUCUUAGAUGCUUAGCUUAAUUGUAUGGAGAGCAGUAGAAGAGUCAAGUUUGGGUGAUAUUGAUGUGUAGGCUAUUGAUAGGAUUGAUUGAGUAGGAUAUUUCAGGUAGUUUUGGACUCUUCAGGGUUGGUCUAAACUCAUUUGAAUUUAAUUUUUACCUUCAAAAUAGAAUUAUUAUGCCAAUAGUUGUGUCCCUUGGCAUCAACUCACUACUCUGUGACUUUAGGUUUUAGAACAGACACUUGGGGAAGAUCACGAUAGCAAGAGAAAUGAUCGUAAGAAGCAUCAGACACUCCAAAGGGCAAACACUGAAAAUGUCUACCGUUGGCCUUUUCAUCCUCCUUGGUACAUAUUGAUACAAUCUCAGCUGAAGAACAGCGCUUUCUCUCUCUCUCUCUCUCUCUCUCUCUCUCUCAUACACACACAGACACACACACAAACACACAUUCCUUUAGCUAUUAGAGCAAGAGCCCAAUAAAAUGCUUGGAAAGACCUUUUGAAUCAGUCAUUCGUAUUCAUUGAGCACUGGGUGCAGAGCACUGUACUAAGUGCUUGGGAGAGUACAGUAUAACAGAGUUGGCAAUUCGUUCCCUGCCCACAACACAGUAUUAGAAUUCAAGAAUGUGUAGCCUCUCUGGGAUAAUAAAAAAAACCAUUGAAAUGUUGAUUGAAAACUCAACCGUUUAAAAAUGAAUUGAAAUCUGAUUAGAAGAUAUCACCUUAACAACCUUGAAUGCAAUAUAAAUAAAACAAAAGUAGACAAGUGAUUAUCAAAUACUUUCAAACUUCAGUUAUUUGGAAUGCAUGGGCCCAGAGUCAAGCAACUUAAUAUUUGCACAAAAUUGCCUUUCUAUAUUUCCAACCUAUCAGUCAAUGGUAUUUUUUGAGCACUUACUCUGUGCAGAGCACUGUACUAAGCAUUUGGGAGUGUAUAAUACAACAGAGUUUGUAGUCAUGUUCCCUGCCCACAUUGCGCUGCCAGUCUAGAUGGGUACUUGCUGCUCUUAAGGUUAGGAAGCUUGUAGGCAUCUCAGCAUUCCAGGAGAAGAACUUUGAAAGAGCCCAAGAUUUCUGCCACUAACUUAGGGUACUGUACAGCUAAACACUGACCAUUUCUUUUUUGCUUCAUUUGUGUUGGCUUUAAAGAGAUAAAAGCAUGCCUUCAUUUGAUUCUUCAAUAUUCAUUGCAUGUUUUCAAGUCUAGGUAGAUUUUUCAGUAAUUGAAAUGUACAAAUCAUAUUCAGAGAAUUCUAAUUUUGCUAGAUGUUGAGAACAAAUUUAUAAUUGCAGAUGCGUCAUAUCUUAAAACUUCCAACUAAUGUCAAACAUCACAUCAAAGGCAAUUUGGGCUACUUUUGGAUAUCACAAUUAAUGGAGGGCAGGAAAAAUGAAAUCCACAGAUAAUCUAAAUUGUGGUUUUAGCCCAUACUCAUAACUCCCCCUCACCCCCAAACCCCCAUCUUCUGCAUCUUUGCAUUGUUUUAGUAUCUUGACCUUCGUAUCAAAUCUCUGUUGUGGUUUUUGAAUAUUCACACAAUGUUCUUAAAACCAAUCAUCAUAACUUCCAACUUUCAACUUGUAUCAAAUGCAGUUUGCUACUGUUAGUUACCUGAUGCUUGAAAUAUGCACAGAUAAUCCUACACCUUCACUGUAGCCAACACUUACAACCUCCUCUUCCCCCAAACACAGUGCCAGAGAUGCUUAAGAGCCAAAAAAACCUGUUACCCUUUAUGUUCCCAGUACACUAUUUAUUUCUGAAGACUUAUUCUGGUGGAGGUGAUAAGUUAGCAGUGAGAUGACCAAAAGGCCGACAGAAGAUGGAUCAGCAGGGAGGGACCGGGAUAAUUAGUCUCUGAACGAUUUAGUGUUGACUGACAACAUAAAAGUUGAGGAUUUCUUUUUCAUAAGACUCAAUAAAAUGGAACAAAACUUAGUUAUGGUCAACUAGAGCCUUCCCUGGCACUAGAAAUUCCUUGGAAUAGGUCAGCCCCUAGAGAAAUGCACCAUCUCCUGCAGGUUACUAAGGUAGCAUUCUGGGUCUACUAAGGUAGCAUUCUGGGUCCUUAAUCUACUCUCCUCUGUUCUACUUUUCUUUACCCUCAAGCUGUCACCAAAGCAUGUUCCCUCCCCUCUGGCUGACCAUCUCUGUGCUUUUUACAGAUGCUAAGACACUGGCAUCAGUUUAUGCUGCUCUAAAAAAGGAAACAGCUAGAGAUUCUCUCCCCCCACCCCCCCACAUCUCUUUUGGGGGUGACAAGUGGAGAGCUGCUCAACUAAUUCAGACUCUUAAGGAGCAGAAGACACUAUAGUUCUUGGUGUAAAUGAAAUAGGUGCUUAAGUCCUCUAUAUUUCAAAGUAUUAGCAUUAGACGUGAUAUUUUCACUACGUAGAGUUGUGCUCCAUGACUUACCUGUGCACUUAGAAUUUAAGCUUCCCUGUACCAAAGAUAAUAUGACCUCUUUCAACUUUGGAUGAACUGUUGGUCUGACUCUGUAACCCUCGUGUUCCUUGUGUGACUCUACCAUCUUGAUUUGCUUUAUAUUUCCAUUUUAAAUAGAAUUGUAAAAGUAUGCACCAACUCUCAGUUGAGAUAAUGUUCAUUUAGUUUUUGAACAAAGCCACCUUUGGCUUCCAUGGGCCACAAGUGCUUGGUUUGCCUAUAUUCAAACUGGACAAGAAUAUGAAUCAUAUUGUACUCAUCUUCAGUUUUUUUUCCCUAAAACCAUUGACAGAAAGUUUUAGCAAGAAUGUAAUAAAUGCUGAAGAUAGUGGGGAGAAGUGAAAAGAAGUAAAGAAAUAGGUGUCUUUUAAGGUCUUCAUCAAGCAGUUGAUCACAGUACCAUCCAGCCGUGUGCUGUUUCAUUGUUCAAGGCUUGCCACGUUGUUCGUUAUUGAUUGUGGAAAACUGACUUAUGGGUGUUAAAAUAUUGAAACUUCAAAUUCCAUUUUCAUUCAACUAUUCGAUAUUUUCACGUUCAUGCAUAUUUUCCAUUUGGCAACCAGUUCUUUUUUAAAUUGACAAUCACAAGAAAUGUAGUGACUCCUGAGACAACCGGCUUCGAGAACUUUGAGCUGGGACCAUUUUGCCGAGGUCCAAGGAAUGAAUUCUUGUGUACCAUUUCAUAUCAUUUUACUAUUGUGUAGUGCUUCUUGCUGGAGAAAAAUGAAUUGUAACAGUGUAACCGUUAUGUAGUGGAUUAUUAUUUCAUUAUCGUGAGUCCAAUUCUGACCUGACCAUGUAGAGAGAAUAGCCUGCCCUAAGUCCUUGUGGGGAGAUCUGUGCAGAUUUGCCGGGGAGGGGGAGGGAUUGGAGAGUUCACCCACCCUGAGUGCAAUGCAAGGACGUUACAUGGCACCUUUGUCUAUGUCCGCUGAGGGAGGGACGCUGGGCCGAUACUCUCAGUGAUUUAGCCGAAAGGAGUGGAGUGAUCUUCCACUUGAAGCAGCUCUCUGCCUGCUCUACAUGGAGAAUGAGGGAGAAAAUGGCUGAGGGAUGUUGUUUUCCCUGAACGUUGUGCCCUGGAGCUUCAGGCGGAAGAAUUGGGCUCGUGCCUCAAAAGUAGAAAAUGGCACAUUAUCCUUGUUUACUUGCAGGUUUCUCAUUUGUUUACCCGUAGUUUUUCAUCUUUAAAAUGGAAUUUUAGUGGUGUAACUAGUCUCUAGUUGUUGCUUUGCAAGCCACUGUGGGUGGUAAGUGAUCCAUAUGAAUUAUUGUUCCCAAACUGAAGUCACUGUACAAACAAUUAAGGUGGACUUUUCUUUUUAUAUUUAAAAUAUGAGUUUGUCUUCAUGUAUUUAGACUAUUUCUGUAUAUAUUUUGCAUUGUAGCUAUGUGGUGGUUUCAUUCAUUCUAUACUUUGCACUGAUUCAAAUUCUGCAUUCUGAGUAUAUUUGUGAGAACCAGAAGAAUAUAGUUAUAAUGUAUGUAUGUAUGGAACAAAUACAUUAUUGGUCAUUUCUGUUGUAA